AACCCACCACAGAUAAAGCAUCUCUGCUUCUCACUGACUCCUGGGUUCCCGAACUUCGGUUUCCCCCAUCCUAGCUCAGGAGUCGCAGGAGGGAUUGCUCAGCCAGAGGCCGCCCUGCUGCUUCCGGGAGCCCGCCGAGCUGAGUGGGAAGAGGAGGAAGGCUCUAGGGAGGGUGCCUGGGAAACCCUCUGUCACCGGGAAGACUGGUCCAACCAGUGCGAGCGCUUCGGCUCAGGCAAGGGUGGAGGCUGGAAGGGGAUGCGGGGCUCGGUGGCCUCACAGUCCGCCCCAUGUCCCACUGAACUUCACGCUCCAGAGAAACAGACCCCACUCUGUGGCUCUCGGGGCUUUGUCGUCCCGCAGGAAGCCACAUGGAGACGCACACCGGCGCCCCACGCUGCUGCCCAAAGGGCCUCCCGUUCUCAGCCUUGAUCCUGGCUCUCUGGCUGCCCCAUGGCUCCCAGGCCGCCCUCCACAUCCAGAAGAUCCCAGAGCAGCCUCAGAAGAACCAGGACCUUCUCCUCUCCCUGCGCGGCGUCCCCAGCGCCAUCCAGGACUUCAUCUGGUACCUGGGGGAGGACACCAACGGGGGCACCAGGCUGUUCUCUUACAUCCCUGGGCUCCCGCGGCCCCAGAGGGAUGGCAGCGCCAUGGGACAGAGAGACAUCGUUGGCUUCCCCAACGGCUCCAUGCUGCUCCGAGGCGCCCAGGCUUCAGACAGCGGCACCUACCACGUGGCCGUCACCGUCAACCCUGCCUGGACAAUGAAGGCCAAGACUGAGGUCCAGGUGGCCGAUACACGUGACUACUCAGUCUCGGCACACCUGCCGGUUAAUGCUGGGAUCAUGGCUGCUGCCAUCAUUGGGAGCCUUGCUGUGGGGUCACUGCUUGUUGGUGGCAUUGCCUGCCUCCUGGUCACUCGAAGGCGGAAGGGCCAGAGCCCCAGGGUUCCGGCUACAGAACAGUCAGAACUGCACACCAGUCCUGAAUCUGGGGACAGCAACAUCUAUGAAGUGAUGCCGUCUCCAGUCUUCCUGGUGUCCCCCAUGGGUGACACAGAGCCGGCGAACCUGGCCAUGAGUCUACCUCCACUCCCAUCCCAGCAACCGCAGCCCCAGAACCAGCACUACCAGGACCUACUAAACCCCGACCCGGCCCCGUACUGCCAGCUGGUGCCAGCUCCAGCCUGCCCAGAAGACAGAGCCUCCGCCUUCCCCUGACCCCAGCCCUGCAGAGAAGACACCCGUGACACCCGCCCCGCCGAGCUUGGGAGCUGGCCAGAUGGGCUCGCCGCAGACCCGGCGCCUCGUGGCACAGGUGCACGGAGACUGACCCCAAAAACCUUCAGCCUGCGCCUCGGCACCCCGCAGGCCUCCUGCCCAGGAAAGCGAAUUCUUGCUUCCCCAGGGCCGGGGUCUCCAUCCGGGGAGAAGGCCUUAGGUCUUCCUAGAAGGCACCCCACCUUGAAACCAUCGUGGCUCGACCAGGUGCCCGAAGCCCUUUCCACGGGGACAAAACACUGCUAGAACAUUCCGGAAGAGUGGUGCUCAACCUGUGGGUGGCAACCCAUGGCGGGGAGGGCGUGUGUGUGUGUGUGUGUGUGUGUGUGUGUGUGUAUGUGUGCAUGUGCGUGUGUGUGCGCGUGCGUGCGUGCGUGUGUGCGUGCGUGUUUGUGUGGGGGUGUGCAAAUCAGCCACCAGGAGGACGGGGACUGUACAGUGCCUGCCUAGAACCCACCGGUGAGGGGCUGGGGCAUGGCUCAGUGGUAGAGCUCCAGCCUAGAAUCCCCCAGUGAGGGGCUGGGGGCGUGGCUCAGUGGUAGAAACCCUGCCUAGAAUCCCCCAGUGAGGGGCUGGGGGCGUGGCUCGGCAGCUAGAGCGCUUGCCAAGCAUGCAUGAGAAGCCCUGUUCGAUCAUCCAAACCAUCGGAGAAGGAAGUCAUCAGCCACUGAGAAGAGAUGGCAAGCUCUGCACUUGAAAAUGGGAGAAGACUCUAGAAGCUUGAAAGCUCAAGAAACUGCCCCCCCCCGUCUCCCCCAGCCUCCAGAAGCACCCAGUCCUGUGGCCUUUGGGACCACAGAGCAGCGACAUCCACUUUGGACUCCCAGUAUCCACGAUUUUAUUUUUAUUUUUAUUUUUUUGCUUUUUCGAGACAGGGUUUCUCUGUGUUGUUUUGGAGGCUGUCCUGGAGUUCACUCUGUAGACCAGGCUGGUCUCGAACUCACAGAGAUCCACCUGCCUCUGCCUCCCGAGUGCUGGGAUUAAAGGCGUGCGCCACCAACGUCCGGCUAUCCACGAUUUUGUAAGAUAAUAAACUCGUGUUGUUUUAA